AUCUUUUUAGAAAAGAGGAACGCUUAUGUAAUUUGGUGAAAAUUGGAUUCCCGCACAAUAACCAUGGGCUGCACAUGGUUCGGUUCGCUGCCACACCUCCAAGCCAAAAACCAUAAAUCAAGCUCAGCCUAGGCUCACCAUAGUGCCUUGUGAAAAUAAUCCGUCAUACCACAUCUAAAGCCCCGUGUACAUUAACCAACUUAGACUCUCAAAUCUGGAGCCGAGCGAAGAAUGUUCCCAAAUCCUCACUAAAACCCUAAUUUCCUCCACCGUAAGCGCAGCAACUCUGUUCCUCCUCCAUGGAUCCCGACACCUCUCCUUCUUCAUCUUCAUCAUCACCGGUAGUGUCAUACCUCAUCAAUUCGUGUGGAUUAUCAGAAGAUCGAGCUGUGAGUAUUCGUAAGAAAUUACCAUUGACAACCACCACAUCAUAUCUAGAGACCAUAGUAACCACACUUGAAUCACACGGAUUCACUAAACCCCAUAUCUCCAAAAUCAUCAUCAAGACACCAGGAUUUCUUGAACCUGGUAGAUGUGGUCAUCUCGAACAAAAACUCGAUUAUUUCAUGUCGAAAGAGAUCUCUAGUGUUGAAUUUGUCAAGUACUUAACAAGUAGCCCAGAAAUCCUAAUCAGAGGGUUGAAGGGCAAAAUCAUUCCGUUGUUCGAUUUCAUCAGGAGCAUCGUUGGUACCGAUAGAGACACAUUUAAGGUCAUCGGAAACACAUUUAACGAUAUGAGGUGUUUACAAGUAGAAUUAAUUCAGGAAAGGAUAUCCGGCAAUGUACAGGUUUUGAGAGAUGAAGGUAUCCCAGAAAGGAUUAUAUUGAAUUUUUUGACUCAAUUACCAAAGGUAUGUUUGAUUAGCACUGAUAAAUUUAAAGAGCGUGUACAAGAUGUUAAAGAUAUGGGUGUUGAUUCACAUAAAACUCCAUCUGGAUUUGUUAGUUGGAUUAGAAUGUUGGUAUUUUGCUCGAAAACUACGUUGGAAGCUAAAAUGAAUGUACUCAGGAAAUGGGGUUGGCCGGAAGACCAACUUCAGGAUGCAGUUAUGAAAUAUCCUGGAUUUAUGUCGAGAUCUGUCGCCAAAAUUGAGUCUAUACUUGAUUACCUUGUGACUCAGAUGGGUUAUAGUAUAUCGAGUUUUCUUAAGCAUCUAGGAGUUUUUAGUUAUAGCUUGGAGAAGAGAAUUAUACCAAGGAUUUCUGUUCACAAAAUUUUAAUCUCCAAAGGUUUGAUCAAGCAUGACGGUAGGCUGGGGGGAGUUUUAACUAUCAGGGAGGAGAUGUUCUUGAAGAAGUUUGUGAUGCCGUAUAAAGUAGAAGCUCCUGAGCUGUUGCAGAUUUAUAACCAGGCAUCUAUUACGUGUGUCAUGGAGGACUCACAGAGUGAAGAAGUAACAAAUUGUCCAGAAAGGGCGGUAGAGAGUGUAGCAGCUCUGCCGAAGGUAGCAAAGCUGGUUCAUGAAAAUGACGCUGGUAAACCUAAGAAGAAAGCUUCAUCAAGUGAUCUUGCGGAAUCAGAGGAAGAGUUGGAGAAGGAAAAAGAAUUAAUGAAAGCCAGAAAGCCAAGAAAGAUUUUGAGGAAGUCAGAGAAAAAGGUGGAUAAUGAACAAGGUGGUGCUACGAAGAAGGAGAAAGGAGAUCACCAUAACAUAGAAUAUGAUGAGGAAGAGAAUGAUAAGUCUAAGGAAGAAGAAGAAAUUGUUGUUGGCCCUAUUGUUGGGAAAGUAUUAGAAGGCAAUCUUGCAAGUGGGCUUAAGAGGAAAGUUGCUUUAGAUAAGGAGGAAGAUUCGAAGAAAGUCAAAAAGCCUAGGAAGGUUUUGAAAAAGUCUAAGAAAAAAGUAGAGGAAAUGCAAGGUGAUGCUGCGAAGAAGGAAGAAGAGGAUAAGUCUAAGGAGGAAGAGGAGAUUGUUGUUGUUCCUAUGGUGGAAGAGUCGAAGAUUGCUAAAAGGCCUAAGAAGGAGUUUUUUAACAAGGAUGAUGUAGAGACUCCUGAACUGUUGCAGGUAUCCAAUAUGCGUGCCAAUGAGGACUCACAAAGCGAAGAAGUAACUUUCUGUCCAGAAACGGCUUCAGAGAGUGUAGCGCCUCUGCCAAAGGUAGCAGAAGUUGUUGACAAGAAUCAAGUUGGCAAACUAAAGAAGAAAGCUUCAUCAAGUGAUCUUGUGGAACAAGAAGAAGAGUUGGAGAAGGGAGAAGAAUCGAAGACAGCCAAAAAGCCUAGGAAGAUUCUGAAAAGGUCAAAGAAAAAAGUGGAGGAACUGCAAGGGGGUACUGCAAUAAAGGAGAAUAGAUGUCAUCCAAAUACAGAAUUUGAUGAAGAAGAGAAGGAUAAGUGUGAGGAAGAAAAAGAGAUUGUUGCUGUCCCUAUGGGCGGGAUAGUAUUAGAAGGUAGUCAAGUAAGUGCGCUUAAGAGGAAAAUAACUUUAGAUACAGGGGAAGAUUUUAAGAAAGUCAAAAAGCCAAAGAAGGUUUUGAAAAAGUCCAAGAAAAAAUCAGAGGAAGUGCUAGGUGAUGCUGGGAAGAAGGAAAAAGAGGGUACUGCAAUAAAGGAGAAAAGAUGUCAUCCAAAUACAGAAUUUGAUGAAGAAGAGAAGGAUAUGUGUGAGGAAGAAAAAAGAGAUUGUUGCUGUCCCAAUGGGCGGGAGAGUAUUAGAAGGUAGUCAAGUAAGUGCGCUUAAGAGGAAAAUAACUUUAGAUACAGGGGAAGAUUUUAAGAAAAUCAAAAAGCCAAAGAAGGUUUUGAAAAAGUCCAAGAAAAAAUCAGUGGAAGUGCUAGGUGAUG